CUCCGUCCUCCGCCCGGCUCCCGGAGCUCCGUGUUGACCCGGUACUGAAGCAGCUGCCGGGGGUCACCGGGCUCCAGCAUGGCGUGGAGGAGCUGCGCGGUUCUGCUCAGACUGACCGGAGAAGAUGUUUCACGGAGCACCGCGAGGGGAGGCAGGUGGCCUCACAGCUUCCAGCAGAGAUGCGGCUUCAGGAAAGCUGCCAGGAAACCAGAAUCCAAGAAGGCGGAGGAGCCGGGACCCCCGCUCACAGAGUCCUCCGAGGCCGCGGUCCAGCGCCGGGCCUCCGCCCCCCACCUGGAGCAUCAGGCUCCGCCCGGCUCCCCCCGGGCCUUCAGCCGGCUCCUCAGACCGCUCGUCUUCACCGUGGGGUUUACAGGCUGCUCCUUCGGCUCGGCGGCCAUCUGGCAGUACGAGUCUCUCAAGUCCCGGGUCCAGAGCUACUUCGACGAGGUCAGAGCUGACUGGCUGGAGAAGCUGCGACCGCAGAAGCGAGGAGACGUCCGCAAAGAGAUCAACCAGUGGUGGAACAGCUUGAGUGAGGGUCAGAGGACGGUCACAGGGAUCAUUGCUGCUAACGCCAUAGUGUUCUGCUGUUGGAGAGUACCGUCUCUACAGCGCUCCAUGAUCAAAUACUUCACCUCCAACCCGGCCUCCAAGACGCUGUGCUCUCCGAUGCUCCUGUCCACGUUCAGCCACUUCUCGUUCUUCCACCUGGCCGCCAACAUGUACGUCCUGUGGAGCUUCUCGUCCAGCGCCGUCUCCAUGCUGGGCAGGGAGCAGUUCAUGGCCGUCUACCUGUCUGCAGGUGUUAUUUCUACGUUUUUCAGUUAUGUGAGUAAGAUGGCCACCGGGAGGUUCGGUCCGUCUCUGGGAGCCUCUGGAGCCAUCAUGACCGUCCUGGCUGCCGUCUGCACCAAAAUGCCUGAAGCCAAACUGGCCAUCGUCUUCCUCCCCAUGUUCACCUUCACCGCUGCCAACGCUCUGAAGGCUAUUGUCGCCAUGGAUACAGCAGGUGUGGUGUUGGGAUGGAAGUUCUUUGACCACGCAGCUCAUUUAGGAGGAGCCUUGUUUGGAAUCUGGUACAUCCUGUUUGGUCACGAGUUGAUCUGGAAGAACCGAGAACCUUUCGUUAAACUGUGGCACGACCUGAGAACCGGAGGAGGUCCGAAUGGAGGAGGUGCUGACGGAGGAGGGGCUGACGGAGGAGUAGGACGCUGAAACACCGGGGCUGAUGGGAAAAACAAAAACAAAAAAAACCUGUAAAGAUGUAUAUAAAGUGUACAGACAGCAGCCGAGUCGCUGCACCAUUCGGCUUCCCCAGGACAAGUUAACCGGAAGCAGCUGGGAGCCGUGAUGAUGUCACACCCGGACGAGAAGUUAUGAUUCAUAUUUAUAUAAAUGAUGAUGACGAUGAUGACGAUGAUGAUGAUGAUGAUGAUGAUGAUGAUGAUGAUGAUGAUGAUGAUGAUGACGACGAUGAUGAUGAUGAUGACGAUGAUGAAGAUGAUGAUGAAGAUGAUGAUGAUUGUUCACGUUUGUUUAUUUAGACACAAAUAAUCUCUGCAGUCUGAGAAGAUUUAGUUUCUGAAGUUGAAAGUGAUUCAUUUAUGUUUCUGUGUAAACCAUUUAAAGAAGAUCAACUGUGUAUCCGGUACGCAUUAGGAGUCACUCCGGUUCUGAUUCUGGAACCAGGAGUAAAGUUAGAGGAGGAAGUCCGUCUUUUCUUUUAAAGUGAGUUCUUAACGAAGUUCUUGUCUUUCUUUCUGUUUGUUGGUUUUCUUUUAAAUUAAACUGUAAAAUGAUCACUGCUUCGUUCUUUAUGCUGAUCAAACAGGACGGACGUUCACUCCACUUUUUUCACCUUUUUAUCUCGUAAACUUCCGACUUUAGAAUAUCGCAAAUUUGUGUUUUUUUCUCGUAAAUUUACCCCUUUAAUCUCAGAGAAUAUCCAAGCUUUUAUCUCGUAAAUUUUCGACUUUAAAGCCUCGCUCGGGUGUAUUUUGGCAUUUCUAUGAUAUUUCUAAUGUAUUUCCUGACGAUGUUGAUCGAUGUUGAUCGAUGUUGAUCGAUGACUGUUCGCCCAAAUGUAUUUGACAACUUCUUUUUGUGCUGACAGUUAAAAGAAGGUUGUUGCUAAAAUGGGAAUAUGAUGUAUGACUAUAGCAGAAGCUGCAGGUCAGACGUCAUCCUCAGUUAACUCAGUUAUCCAGCCAGCCAGCUAGCUAGCUGAGUGUUUUCAUGCACAUUAGUGUUGUAUAUUUUCACAAUGGCAUUUGCAGUGAAUGGGUGUAAUCGACGCCGACUGUAGCACCAACCACGUCGUUCUCCUGCUACAGUUAGAAUAAAACCUUGCAAGUGAAGAGAAGUGGUGCACGUUAUAAUCUCUCAAACUUGUGUUUUUUCUCAUAAAUCUGCCCCUUUAAUC